AGAGAAGGCAAGUAACUGCAGCUUUGAAAUGGUCAGUGAAAACCAGUAACUGCAACUCUAAAAUGUUCAUGUGCAAUCCAUACCCUGUUACAUGCAUCUUCCUCUUCAACUAUGUGCAUUUUGUUUUCCUUCUGCCUCCAUCAGAAAUUCAUUAUGGCAGCCUGCUGUGAGCAAUGAAAUUUUCUGAAGAAUAUAGAUGCCAAAAAGCCAGCCAGAAACAGUGGCCUUGUUUUCCUCUUACUCCAACCCAUUGAAAUGGUGCUCUUAAGCUGAUACUGUUGAGUAUUGUUAGCAAGACAAACUAUUGGCUGGAUUUUUUUUCCUGAUCCCUACCCCAAUGUUCUGAUGAAUGGUUGACCGCGACAUCAUGUAGUAGGCCCUGAAGUGUUGUCAUAACAGUUGCAAUGGUUUUAUACACUUCCCCAUUUCCCAACAGCUUUCUGUCAGGUCUGCAUUCCUUUUCUUGGGGCCUGAUUUUCCCAUGCUAUUGGUUUGCAGACAGGCUUGUAGCCUCUUUUGUUCCAACCAGCUAUGAGAAACGUCAAAGGGCAGAUGACCCCUGCUACUUUCAUGCACUCUGUAUCAUCAUCACUACUCCCAUCUACCUGGCACUUCUGGUGGCAUCUCUUCCUUUUGCCCUGAUUGGUUUCUUGUUAUGGUCACCUCUCCAGUCAGCCAGAAGGCCAUAUAUUUACUCUAGGCUAGAAGACAAGAACCAGGUCAAUGGAGCUACACUACUCACUGAAUGGAAAGCUACCAGCAAUGGGAAAAGUUUCUGCUUUGGCAGUGCCAACGUUUGCCUGCUACCAGACUCCCUGGCAAGGUUUAAUAAUGUUUUCAAUACACAGGCACGGGCUAAAGAAAUUGGACGAAGGAUACGAAAUGGGGCAAGCAGACCACAGAUCAAAAUAUAUAUAGAUUCUCCUACUAACACAUCCAUCAGCGCAGCAAGUUUUAGCAGUUUGGUCUCUCCCCAAAGUGGAGAUGGCACUAACCGUGCAGUUAAUGUGGGCAUCAAAAGGACAACAUCUAUGGAGUAUAAAGGAGACAAUUCUGCUUCAAACAACAGUGAAGAUGGCAGAGAUGCUAAAAGUGGAGCAGGAGAACCAAGUGAAGGAGAGGACAAUAACACAUGUAUAGUACGCAUAAGUGGAGAGGAUAAUGGUCAUAUUUCAGACCCAGAUGUGGAUACUGUUAGUAGCCAGCCAAAUAACAGUGGACCUGCAGACCACUCAUCAGAGGGUGACUCAGAGAGCCCAAAGGGUCAAGCACCCAACCAUAAACAAAAAGAUGGAGAUUCUGGGAGUUUAGACAGCUACACUGCCUCACGAGAGUCCCUAGUUAAGGUUCGUAUUGGAGAUGGCACAGUGGACCAAAGCAGCAUUAAUAACAAGCUUCUUUACAAAGCCUCAAUCAUGAAGAAGACUUCUGUGAGGAAAAAGAAGCAUAUGGAUGAGGCCUUUGACCAUGAGAUCUCGGCUUUCUUCCCUGCCAACUUGGACUUCCUGUGUUUGCAGGAAGUAUUUGACAAAAGAGCAGCAGAGAAAUUGAAAGAGCAGCUCCAUCACUAUUUUGAAUACAUUCUGUAUGAUGUUGGGGUCUAUAGUUGCCAUGGCUGCUGUAGCUUUAAGUUUGUAAACAGUGGCUUGCUUUUUGCUAGCCGCUAUCCAGUUAUGGAUGCUACCUAUCACUGUUACCCCAAUGGAAAAGGAACAGACUCCUUGGCUUCUAAGGGAGCUUUGUUUCUCAAGGUGCAAGUGGGAAGUACACCUCAGGACCAAAGAAUUGUAGGAUACAUUUCCUGCACUCACUUGCAAGCUCUGGCAGGAGACACUACUGUUCGAUGUGAGCAACUGGAUCUGCUUCAAGAUUGGCUGGCUGACUUCCGAAAAUCUACCUCCUCCUCCAGCACAGCCAAUCCAGAGGAGCUGGUGGCUUUUGAUGUGAUCUGUGGGGAUCUGAACUUUGACAACUGUUCAUCUGAGGACAAGCUGGAACAGCAGCAUUCCCUGUUUACACGGUACAAGGACCCAUGCAGACUUGGUCCUGGGGAGGAAAAACCAUGGGCAAUCGGUACUUUGCUAGAUCCUGAAGGAUUAUAUGAUGAUGAAGUGUGCACUCCAGAUAAUCUACAGAAGGUGCUAGAAAAUGAAGAAGGAAGGAAAGGGUACCUAGUCUAUCCCACCAGCAAGAACCAUAGUUCAAGUCAAAAGGGGAGGAAGUCAUCGCUAAAAGGCAACGGGAGAAGGAUUGACUACAUGCUUUACACAGAAGAGGGUCUCUAUCUGGAAUGGAAAGUGGAAGUGGAAGAGUUCAGCUUUAUUACCCAGUUAGCAGGUUUGACAGACCAUCUGCCUGUUGCCAUGCGUCUGAUGGUAUCUACGGGGGAAGAUGAUCCUUAAAACUGACCAGCUUAGAAGAUCAGAAGCAGAAAGUUUCAACUUGUGACAUAUAGAAGAAGAAAGGAAAGAAUUUUGCUGGUGCCACAUUAAGAAAAAUUACUGGACCUGACCCAUGCUAUCCCCAACUCCAUCUCCUUUCAAGUUCCUCCCCAAAAUGUACUAACAUUUGGGGACAUAAAGAGGGAAGAAAUUAUGUGGGUUUGGACCAGUAACAAACCACUAUCACAAGUUGCUCAGGCAACAGGGCAGGCCUUUAUCUCAAUACUUUCACUGUGGACCGAAAGGAACCAAGAUGGAAGUCCCAAUUCCUUUUGAACCAGUGCCAUUCUUACUAAAAUAUGUUUUUAUACUAAUAUAUAGCACAAUUUAGUUUGUAAUCGGUCUGUGAGUUAGUGCUGCCCAAUGGUUUUUGCAUAAUUUCUUUGUAUAAUUAAGAAACUAAAACUUUUUUCUUUUCUUUUCUCUUUUUUAGCCUGUUAAUGUUGUAGUAGCAUGCCUGCAUCAGUAGCAUGCGCCCACAUUGCAUGCCACUUUGACACAAAAUAGUCAUUAAGAUACCAUGGGGGAAAAUAAAAAUAGAAAUGGGAAUUCAAAGUCAGAAACUAGCCAAAGAAAAGUAUUCUGGGACUGGCUAGCCAUUUUUCAAUUAGCUUGAUGGGUUUUAAAACUAAAAUCUAUGUUCAGUUUGCAGAUAAAGAUUUUUCUUUCAGAGCCCUCAGUUUAAGGAUGAGACUGAAAAUUGAGAAAUUAAAUGUUCAAAAUUCAUUUCUACUGUUAUUUAUCUACCUUUUAUUUUCCUUUCCCACAUCUAAAGCCGUUCUAUUUCCAGUACAAGGAAACAGAGCAUGUUAUGAUAGUGUAAAUAGAUUCAUGUAGUACUGCUGGUAACACUGGAGCCAAUGUUCUGCCUUUGCUGGAAAGAGUUAAGAAAUGGCUUGUAAAAUGCAUGCUAGAUAUUGGGUUAAACAUGAACAGAGAAAGCGAUGUUUUCAGGAAACGAAGCCAAGUAAGAGAGAUAAAGACAGUGUAAGAUUGAUUUUCAAAGGAACUAAUAUAUUUUGAGAGAACCAGAAAAUGGUAGCUGGCGGCAGAAUAAAGAGAAUGGAACUGUGAAUCCCAAUAUAAAAGACCUCUCUUCUGAACUGAAGGUAAUUUUUCACGUGUUAGAGGUGAUCCCACAUUGUUUAUACACUCAUGGACUUCAUAGGAGUCUUGACCAUUUGAUUUUUUUUCCCACCAUGUAGAUGCAUCUUAGCAUUGAUUCUCUUUACCUUUCUGCCCCCAAGACCUUCUCACCUACCCUAUCCCUUCUUACCUCUCUGACCCUAAAUUAUUAAAUGAAAAAUUAGGGGUGAGAUUAAUAACUGGGGGCUUCUCACCCCCCUUGUUUAUUUAAGGAUUUAAAAU